AUGUCUAGUGUGGAGAAUUUCCAUCUUAUUUCCAAUCUCAUAUCUGCUUUAUUUUUUCUUAUGAUUUGGCUUUGCAACUUAUUCAGAAAGAUAACAAGCCACCAGAUAACUGCUGGUUCUUCGCCUCCUCCUCCUCCUCAUUUACAAGUGAACCGUGAUGCUGAAAAGGGUGGAAUUACACGCAAGAACACAACAGGAGCUGUUGUUAUCACUAGUACUUACAGUAGUAAUGGUGGUGGUGGUGGCGGUGGAGGGAUUAGCAGCAGCAGUUGGGGUGGAGGUGGUGGCUGUGGCGGUGGAGGUGGUGGUUGUGGUGGCGGUGGUGGUGGAUGUUGA